AUGGAAACUGUGGUUGGAAUUGAGGAUAAUGAUGAUGGGAAGUUUGAAGACAGUGGGGUGGGUAGAAGCAGUUCUGCUCUGUCUUCACCGAAGCAAAUUUCUAACCCAAUUGUAUACAAGCUUGUUCGGGUUGAAGGUGAUGGAAGGUUAGUGCCUGCAACAGAUGAUGAAGUAAUGGAGGUGGGGGAUUUUCUUGAGUAUGAAAACAGUGAAAUGCAUGUUGUCGCAGACACUGGACAGAGUUUGGAAUGCAUAUCAAUUGAAAGAUCAUCUUCUGGGAAGCUUCGAUUGGAGUGCUCGGAAGGGUCUGCAGAGGCAGAUUUGGGGAAACUAAAUGCAAAAUUACAGUACAUUGAGCAGAUUUUGCAAAAGGUCAAAGAAGAAGAGAAACAACGGAUAUCAUGUGGAUCACCUGUUCAUUCUCAUGUAAAUAUAGACAGCCAGUGUUCAGCUGAUAAAUGUCCUGCCAUGGAUGGGAAGGUCCAAUCUGAACCUCCCUACCAGGAAAUUCCUUCCAUAGCAUCGAGUUUAAAUUAUACUCAUAGCAAUCAAUCUGGGAGUAUCGAUCAGUGUUCCAGACCUUCAGAAGGAGUAAUAGAAAGUGGGUCAUCUGCUUCUGCUGUUCAUUCCAAUUUGAAGCCUGACCUUUCAAUUUCAGAUGGAGAAAUAUGCUUGGACAAGCUGUCAAUCAGAGAACUUCAUGAACUGUUUAAGGUAACUUUUGGUCGGGAAACUACUGUGAAAGACAAACAAUGGCUGAAAAGGAGGAUUGCCAUGAGUUUAACCAACUCGUGUGAUGUUUCAGCAACAACUUUCAUUAUUAAAGAUAACAAAAUAGUUAGAAAAUUUGUAGAAGAAAGUGCUGGAAAUAUGAAUGCUGCAUCUUUAAUCUCUUCAGAAACUGUGACUGAAGAAGACGAUGUCAACUUUAAGGAUUCAUCUGCUGUAAAUGCUUGUGGAAUUGAUGAUAACCAAGUUGUUUCUGAAAUAAGACUGAGAAAUCACAAUACAGAAUAUGGACUGGAAGAUGAGAAUCAUCAGACAGAUCAAAAAGCUGCAAAAAGAAUUCGAAGGCCUACGAAGAGAUAUAUUGAAGAGCUUUCUGAAAAUGAGCACAAUCCUAGGUUGCCAAUUUGUAAUAAAAACAUGGGACUUGGACAAGUUUCUCCAACUUCAUAUGUCAGGCCUGGUAGAAAUGCGUUUUCAGAGAGAAGAUCAUAUGGCAGGAGGUUCGAAUCUCUUGGAGGUUCUGAUGUCCACAUUCCUUGUGUGUCUCGGAUUCGAAGAAGUCGUCCAAGGAAAGAUAUGGCAUCUCUUAUGAAAUUCCAUCCAACUGCCAUGAGUGAGACUGCAAAAUUGAGUAAUAGGCUCAUUGAGCAUAGUUUUGAUGCUGGUGGUGAGAUUCCAGAUAAAGUUUUGAUGUCGAAAAUGCCUGCUAAGUUGCAUCAACCGUCUUCUUCUGAACCUGAGAAAGAGAAACAGUGUCCAGUAGUGGGCACAAUUGAGCCACGGCAGGAAUUAAGGCCAAAAAGGGCAGAUCCAUCUGGUCAUACUUCAGAUGACAACAUAGUUACUGUUCCCACGGCAAAAGGAGGGAUGAGGAGGAAGCAUCAUCGUGCAUGGACUCUUGUUGAGGUCAUAAAAUUAGUUGAAGGUGUGUCACGGUGUGGGGCAGGGAGGUGGUCUGAAAUCAAACGACUCUCCUUUGCGUCAUACUCAUAUCGUACAUCUGUUGAUCUUAAGGACAAGUGGAGGAAUUUGCUCAAAGCUAGCUUUGCACUGACACCUGCACCUGCUGACGAAGGGAUUAAUUCGCGGAAGCAUGGUACGGCUCCAAUUCCUGAGAAAAUUUUACUACGUGUAAGAGAGCUUGCUGAGAUGAAUUCUCAGGUUCCUCCAAAUUAUAGCUCCAACAAGGUAGCAGCUGGUGCAGGGAGUGUGCAUGGAGAUAGAUCAGGGGUUGAUUACAGAAAAAAGCUUAGCUGUUUGCCCUUUUCGUGGUUUAAGCGGAAAAUCAAAAUGGGUAUUAUUGAGAAGAUUAAAGAAAUUGAAGCCGAAAUGGCUCGGACCCAGAAGAACAAAGCCACAGAGUAUCAUCUUGGGCAGCUCAAGGCAAAGAUAGCAAAACUAAGGACACAAUUAUUGGAGCCUCCGAAAGGUUCGAGUGGAGGUGGAGAAGGAUUUGAAGUUACAAAAUUUGGCCAUGGACGUGUUGCGCUGAUUGGAUUUCCAAGUGUGGGGAAGUCUACUCUUUUGACAAUGCUAACGGGCACACAUUCUGAAGCUGCAUCUUAUGAGUUCACAACUCUGACCUGUAUUCCUGGGAUUAUACACUACAAUGAUACUAAAAUUCAGUUACUUGAUCUUCCUGGAAUUAUUGAAGGUGCUUCUGAAGGCAAGGGACGAGGAAGACAGGUUAUUGCUGUUGCUAAAUCUUCAGACAUAGUAUUGAUGGUUCUUGAUGCUUCCAAAAGCGAGGGUCAUAGACAAAUAUUAACGAGAGAGUUGGAAGCUGUGGGCUUGCGGUUAAACAAGAGACCACCUCAGAUAUAUUUUAAAAAGAAAAAGACGGGGGGCAUUUCAUUCAACAGCACUUUGCCUUUGACUCAUGUGGAUGAGAAGCUUUGUUAUCAAAUCCUGCAUGAGUACAAGAUUCACAAUGCAGAGGUCCUUUUUCGUGAGGAUGCUACAGUGGAUGAUCUUAUCGAUGUCAUUGAAGGAAACCGAAAAUACAUGAAGUGUGUAUAUGUCUACAACAAGAUAGAUGUUAUUGGUAUUGAUGAUGUGGACAGAUUAGCCCGUCAACCCAAUUCUGUUGUCAUUAGCUGCAAUUUGAAGCUGAACUUAGACAGACUACUUGGAAGGAUGUGGGAUGAAAUGGGUCUGGUUAGAGUUUACACAAAACCUCAAGGCCAGCAGCCUGAUUUUUCUGAUCCUGUUGUUCUUUCUGUUGAUAGAGGAGGCUGCACUGUAGAAGACUUCUGCAACCAUAUUCACAGAAGUUUGGUGAAGGAUGUCAAAUAUGUUCUGGUGUGGGGUACAAGUGCGAGGCACUACCCACAACAUUGCGGUCUUAGUCAUAAUCUUCGUGACGAGGAUGUAGUACAAAUUGUUAAGAAAAAGGAAAAGGAAGAGGGAGGAAGGGGAAGAUUUAAAUCACAUUCCAAUGCACCUGCUCGGAUAUCUGACAGAGAGAAGAAGGCACCACUGAAGACAUAA